AUGUACACUAUAUUGGGAGGUGUUGAUCAAAUCCACAUGCCACCAGGAAGCAAAGUACUCUACUUAGGUGCUGCUUCAGGAACAACUGUAUCCCAUGUAUCUGAUGUUGUUGGACCGGAAGGUUUGGUGUAUGCAGUUGAGUUCUCCCACAGGUCAGGACGAGAUCUCAUCAAGAUGGCAAAAAAACGUACCAAUGUCAUUCCCAUAAUUGAGGAUGCCCGACACCCUCAUAAGUACCGAAUGUUAGUUGGUAUGGUUGACACAAUCUUUGCAGAUGUGGCUCAACCAGAUCAAGCUCGCAUUGUUGCUCUCAAUGCACAGUAUCAUCUGCGGAAUUGUGGCCAUUUCGUCAUUUCAAUCAAGGCAAGUUGCAUUGAUUCAACAGCGCAUCCAGAAGCAGUAUUUGCUGCAAAAGCGAAGAAACUGCAAGCGGAUAAGUUAAAACCUCAAGAACAGUUAACAUUGGAACCUUAUGAACGGGACCAUGCAGUAGUUGUGGGUGUCUACAGGCCACCACCCAAGGCCAAAGGCAGUUAG